UCGAAAAGUUCGUUAUCGUGAUCAUUAACAGGAUGUUGAAUAUGUUGCUGAUUCAUUUAUGACAUUUCGUCGUCGCGGUCUAAUUGACAACUGAUAAAUAUUGCUGUUGCUACACGUGAAUGCUAAGCCCGUGUCGUUGACGGCCCCCGGUGUCGUGUUGUGUGACCACCUGUUAAACCCUUGCGGUCAUGACGCGCUGAUGCGUCUGUUGACGGUCGUCGAACAUGUCAGGCCUGAUUUUACGUACAUUCCGAUACUGUAUGCGCUGUGUGCCAUCCUGCUGCACUACAUGAACGACGAGGACGCAUUCGCAUGCGUCAUGACGAUCCUGUGCCACAGUCAGAAGUUCCUCAUCCAGACUGACAUCGCCGGCGACCCAAUUUUUUACAAUGCUCUCUUUUCAAGACGGUUGCUGCUACUUCAGCACAAGACGUUCUCGCUGCUUAAAACGCUGCUGAACACUAACGACGAUCAACUGGUGAUCGCGGCGUUCAAUGACUGGAACGCGUGGCUGUUUCGUGAUUUGCCCUACUCGCAUCUGGUGCGCGUCGUCGACUGUUUCUUGUUCGAGGGUCUGAAAGUGCUGUUCCGUUGUACGCUGGCGCUGAUGAUGCUCUGGAACCGUGACCGAUGCAUAUUCGCUUUUCUACUGUUUGUGGCAUUCAACAUCAGGAACCUGAAAAUGUCACAUAUCCGUCGCAUUCAAGAGAGGCAUGAAAUGAAGCUUCGACGACGUACGUCACUGAAAUCUAGUAGAUUUCAUAGUUGCGAUCUGAAUGAUUUACAUUCUGUCCGAGCGAAGUUUCAGGCUGCGCUGCUGAUAUCGUGGAUUCCGUCAAGAUACCAUAUCUAUCCUCCGAAAAAGCUGUUCAGCAUGCAGCAGGAUGGCGUGAGCUUUACGACACUGUGGAUGAAAAUCGAAAACUACUGUCCGUCGAUCCUGCUUAUCAAAACGUCGAAAAGCGAGAUGUUUGGUGCCUACUGUUCAGAGGCAUGGUCGUACAGACGGCGAUGCGCCAAUAACUGUUUCUUUGGUACUGGUGAAUGUUUCCUGUUCCGCAUCACUCCUGAACCUUGUCAUUAUCCGUGGAUUGGUUUGAAGAAAUCUCCAGUGACUCACGGCGAAGAGUUGUUCCAGUUGGCGCAGCCAUCCGUCUUGAUCGUCGGUGGAGGUGACCUUUCCUAUAAGGAAAAUUUUUCGAAUGGAAUACAUGCUCCGAAUUCUUACUGUUUGGUUUAUCUCCCCGAUCCAGUUAUCAUUGGAUCUGUAGAUGUGAUGGAUAUCAUUGGAUUCAUAACCAUAUUAUGGUUUUCAGUUUCGAGUAUAUACCUGCUGUUACGAUUCCAUUGUAGUUCGGUUAGGUGA